CAUACUAUUUAUUCGAGCUGCACAUGCUUGAUCUUUUUUAGAAUUUAAAAAGUGAAAAAUGUCUAGACAGUGAUCUAAACUAAAGUAAACUAGUGUUGGUGACAAGUACUAGGCCUCGAAAAGCGAGUUUUAUUUAAGUGUCACUGCGUGGAUUACGUCGGAUUUGAGAAAAAUCGAAGCAACGAGUGUUUAAGAAUUUCGAUUUCUGUCGUCAUUUUCAUGGAAUAGCAGUGCCAGUGUCUUAUGCGAUUUUUAAAGUAACCACGAAAUGGACAACUCCAGCAAACAGGUCAUCAUGGGUCCACCGGCGCCAAUGACCACAACUUCCAAUCAAUCGAAGCCCGGUAAUCCCACCAGCGCCCCUCCUCCACACGCCACCAAAAGUGCUGCAGCUCCGCCCAAGCGGAUAAUUAAGAAGAUUCAGCUGGAUUUCAACAAGCUCAAGGAGGCUGGACUCGACAGGCAGCUGGCCGAGGUGCUCAGGAAGCAGAAGCUGGAUGCCAAGAGGGUGGACGCCCCGUCGUCCACCAGUCUUUCCACCUCUGCCGCAGCGCAGUCGACGCCAGCUGCGCUAGAGAGCAAAUUACAUUCGCCACAACAACAAUUGCGUCAGCCUGCACCUCAGCCUUUAGUAAAGCGUUUUAUGAUUUCGGAACACAUCGAGAAGAUAGUACCCAUCCAGCCGAUCCCAAGUCCAACGGAUGGUGACCGUUCCAAGCAAGUGAAGGCGCUAUUAAAGAACAGAAUACUAAACAAGAGCUUGGUCACGAAUACGCAGCCUCAGCAGAAGCCCACAACUUCCAAAGCAGCACCCAAGAUGACACCACCUGUUGGCCACGAUACAGCUGCUCGCAGUGGAGGGAUUUCCCCAGCUUCGGCGGCCUCUUCCGUGUCCAUUGCCAAGGCGGACUUGACUGUCCGACAAAAGCAGCCGCCACUUUUGCUCAAUUUGGUAAAUCAGCUGCCCAAACAUCGAGCCAUGUGCGUAUCGAGUAACAGUCCGUUAGUGAACCCGCAUGGGCAUCGAGUUUCGCCAAGUCCACAGAGGAUUCCAGUACAGCAAACUCCGAAUGCUUUUAGCCAACCUCACCCACCCUCAGAGUUUCCUAUAGCUCGAGCAGCUCCUGCGGUUCCCGCACAACUUCAUAGAAGCCCAACACCGCCGCUAAUUGUGCUGGAGCAUAAGGUGUUGGCACCCAACGAGAAGAUCGAUUUGAGUGGGCUUCGGCUGCCCAAUGCUACGGUGGAAGCUACUAAUUCUCCGGAUAGCGCUGCAUCACCAAAUAUCCAGUCUAAAGUGAUCAAGGGCAAGGUUAUUAUGAACGCCAAUAAGUUUAAGGUUUCACGGGAAAAACUGGCCGAGAUGGCCAAAGAGAUUCGUAAUCAGGCGGAUCAGGUGAAACAACCUCAAGCUAUGAAAACACUUAAUUCAAAGGAUGUUAUUUCCACAAUUGAUACUCCUUUCACUGUUAACACAAUACUUCAACCAAAACGAACGUCGCCCUUUUCAUCACCAACUCUGAAAGGAAAUAUCGCUCCUUUAUAUAAUCCAAAGCCAAAUAAAACAACAGACUUUUCAGCUGGCUCAAGUAUUCGUUUGAAUCCAUUACCUGAAGAAUCAACAAAACAAACUAUUGAAUCGAAUCAGUCUACUGAGGACACGGCAAUAGACUUUCCUACAUCAGUGCCUACAACACCAGGAAAUCGUUAUUCGUCUGAACCAAAUCAGAAUACUUCUAAUUCCAAGGAGCAUGAAUUUGUUUUCAAUUCAGAAACGGAAGGAGUCAAGGCAGUUGCAAACCCCCUUGAUUUUCCUGUGUAUAUAUCCUCAACUCUUGAGCCGACUACAGAGUCAAGUCCUCUUAAGUCCUUUAAUGAACCGAUCAAUUAUCCAGAGGUGAACCUUGUUGAUUUGCCUGAACUAGAAAACCAAACUAAAGAUAUAAACAAAGACUUGGUUCCCUCUGUUCCUUCAACAUCCAAAUUGAAUAGCGAGCCAAACACAGAAAUAGAUGAUAUGCAUUUUCAAGCGGAUACAUUAGCAGUGAGUAAAGAACAAUCGAGUUCUUCUGCGACCACAUCACCGGAGCUUAAAAUCCAAUCCGCUGUAGAUUUCAUAGCUCAACUGACCGCUGAAAAUCCGUUGGAUGAAAGCAGCUUUAUGGAUCUUUCACCGGAAGAGCAAAGAUUGAAUGCUCUCUUUGGAUUUGGAGGAUGCUCGUUUGCUAGCGCGUCGGUUCCGCAACCCGAGGAGGAGGAGCUCCCAAUCGGAAAGAUUGUUAAAAUGGACGAUAUGAACAUAUUGCAUGCUACCUUGGAUAUAAACAGCGACAGUACAAAUGUACUGAGGAUUAGCCCGAACGCAGUUAAAAUGCAAAGCAGUGCAACAUCAUUGAAUACACCAUUGGUGGACUUAGAAGUGGGAGACUCAGCUCUGGAGGACACUAAUAUACACAUUAACGAUUCAAACCCAGUAGAUACCACUGCAAGCGAAUUGCAGAAUGUGAAAUCAUCGGUAGCCGAGACCCCAAUUCAAGAAGCCAAACAUGAAACUGUUAUCACAAAUUUACCAGAAAAAUGUGACGAAAAAUCACAAGUGCCUUUGGAAGAGGUCAAGACAGCGUCAGAACCAGAGCCCUUAAAGGAUGUCAAUCCGCCUGUGAAAAGGGCACCUAUCAGAUCCAAAAAAGCUAAAAUUAAUUUAGUGCAACGCACCAAAAGACCAAGCAUCCCAAAGCCAAUUGAAGUGAAGAAAGCCAAGUUAGAUUUUGAAGAGGAGGACGAUGAGGCGAUGGCUAUCGAUCACAGCCUGAUGGAGGAUCGAUAUGGAGUCGCUGGAAUCGAGGUAAAUGACAAUUCAGCUAGCAUAAGCUCAGACCAAAUAAAUCAUAAAUUAUCUAGUGUUAAAAACAAUCCAAAGGUGCCAGCAGAUGAGAAGCAGUGUGAAGAAGAAAUCAGCCCAGUUGAAGAUGAAGAUUCAGCAAAAAGCCAAGCCCAUGAGGACAAAGAUGAGAGUGAAAUAAGUUACCGGAAAGAAGAUAAAAUUCAGUCGAAAUCAUCCUCAGAACGAGACCUAACCCAGUUGUACCACCCACCCAAAAUGCCCAAGAAUAAAUCUACACAUAAGACCAGUAGUCAGGACACCUUCGAGGAUCCACAGCCCGCAUCGUCGAGCAGUAAUGUUUCCCUAAUUGAUGUCCUCUCACAAAAUCCACCUGCCCCACAGGGCGAGCCCCAGUUACCAUUUCGUAAGGACUCGAAGCAGUUAAAUACCAGUGCAGAUAGCUCAGUUGAUGCCAAAGGAAUACAGAAUUUAAUUGGCCACCUGACAGCCGAAAAGGUGGUGCCACAAACCAAGAAGCUAUCGCCAACUUCUAAAUCAGAAGAAGGAUCUAAAGCCAUACCCCGCAAAAAGCUUGUUAAGACACGUCCCGUUCUCAGCAAGAGAUCCACAAAAGUUGGCCAGAAAAAUCCAACGGAAAAGCCCGCGCAUUUUGAGUUUCUUCAUCCAGUUAGCGCGAAUGCGGGAAAUCGGGUUCCAACUUCCAGCACAAGUGAUGAUGAUGGCUCCAUCUUUCUGGGCUUCGAUGACAACAAAGGGAAACGCUCUAAGACUCCAGUGCGAAGCCAGCGAGUGAAACAAAUGAAGAUCAAUGAAACGGACAUCAGCGAUGACGCUACACCAGAUUACGAUGAGACCGAGGAGGAGCAGCCGUCUAUGGAGAUACAGCAACCAGUGAAAAGCUCAGCGGCAGAUUCUAAGUUUACUUUUGACCGUCACAAGGUUGUGGGAGCAUUUUCUGAUGAUUCCGAUAGCAGCGAUGCAGGUCCUUCUAGUCCAAUGGACUUUGGAGAUAACAUGUCGAUAGAUGACAGCAGAACGAGUGUAGAAUGUUCAAAGGAGGAUGGAACUGCAUGGGCAAAGCUCGUUAAUGAAAAUGAGAAGCCUUCUGCCGAUGAAGUACUUUCCCCUUCAAAAUCUGCUAUUGAAGCAACUGUAGACUGUUCGAGAAUUUAUGAUCCACCCAAAACACAUGGGGAUGCAACAUCGUCUCAUCAUAGCGAAAGUGAGUGUGUUACAGAUGAAAAACAGCCUGAACCUGUGAUAAAGGAAAAUGAAUCCAUAACUUUUGACAGAAAAUCCCAAAAGAGCAGGAGAAAGUCAACCAAAUCAAUUUCAAUGGCUACAGAUGAACCUGUUCAAGAUAGUUCAACUACUAGCAAGAUCAACGAAAAGCGAUUGACUAGUAGUCCUUUAAAGACACCAGGCUCCUCAGGAAAUACUGACAUGCGACUCUGGGAAGAGGGUAAUGCGUCUGAUAAGCAAAAUGCCAAUUUAAUAUCACCCGGAGCUUUGACAAAUCAGAAAAAUGCAAAAUUAAAGAAAAUGCUUGAAGAAGUAUCGCCUGAGAAACCAGUGUCAUCUUUAAGAUCUAGAGGAAAAAGAAAGUCUGGGAGUCAUAACAAAAAAUUGAAUGACCCUGAAGAACCUUCUGAAAACAUAAGUUGCGCGAAGAAAAAAGAAGAAGCUACAGAGAAAGAUUUGGAAGAUGGUGAACGAUUCACGACAGUUGAUACUACAGAAGACACAGAUUCAAUACCAAAUCCGAUUAAUAAUAUCACCGCGGAAAAGGCUGCUACUAGAGCAAAACGAAAAUCUCGUUGUAUAGUUGCAAAAGAUUCUAAGAAAGAAAUGGAAGAUAUUGAAGCACCAGAGGACGGUGUGAAAUCUUCAAAAGACGAUUUACCUCCAACGUUAGUGGAUGCUAUAAAUUCAUCAGAGAAGCCAGAGGACCAAAAGCCUGUUGACGUUCCAGAGGUAUCCGUAAAAUCAAAAGGAACUCGAAAAUUACUCAAAAAUGAAGUGUCUGCUAUUCAGCCUGAAUCAGUAAUAAAUCCUGCAUCAUCAUCAGAAAAUUCGACACCAAGGAUGGAUGAGGAUGAGACGGUGCCAAAUAAUGCCAAAAAUAAGCGGCAUACUCGAAAUAAAUCUCCACAAAUAAAACGUUCACCAACUAUUAAAUAUUUUGAAAGUAUAGAAAGUCAAGUAAUUAAAGGUUCAGAUGCAUCAAGUAAAGCUGAAAGUUCAAUAAGACCAACUAGACAAAGACAUUCUCGUUAUAGUAAAGCUAAAUCUGAACCCAAAGCUCCCGCAGAUUCUGUAUCGGAAAAAGUGCCCGAACCUAGCAUAUCGACUGUUACUCAAGAUUUGGGUGAGGUGAAACCUGAUUCCUCAGAGAAACCAAGUGGACACGUACAACUGAAUUCUGUAAAAGAUUCCUGUAAAGAACAAGAAGGGUGUAAGGAUUCCAAUCAAGCAAAAGAUUCGCCAAAAAGUAGGAAAAAACGGCAAUCCCAAAGUGGAACAUCGAAAAUAACAGUUUCACCAAUAACUCAGCCCAAACCUGACUUAAAUCCAGAGAAAUUACCUGCACAGAAUAGAGAUGAAAGUGUUCAAGCCCCAAAAGAACAGCUAGACCCGACUACAUCUAAAAAUUCAAGAGGAAAACGACAAUCGCGAUCAAUAGUACCUACAAAUACUCUAGCCACAAUGCUUGCCACAGCGUCAGAAGAUCCUGAGCCAGUUGAAGGAGAUUCUGUGGUGGUCCACACCAAACGAAAGAUGUCAACUCGAAGAGGAUCAGUCCCACGAGACACGCUGAUAUCAUCAGUUAACGCUUCCGAUGAUAGUGUGGUUCUAGAAUCGAUUCCUAAGAAAGGCAGGAGGAGUAACAUCAGUAGCGUACCAUCUGAAACCACAACACCAAAAUCUAGUAAAUCUGGGCCUUUGAAUGCUAGUGAAAUGAUCCCUCCAAUAUGUGAAGAACCAAAGGUACCCUUAAAAAGGGGAAGAAAGCGCGCUGCUCCUUCUGAUUUAGAACCUGGACAAGCCAAAAAGUUGAAGACUGAGGAAAGUUUGGAAACCGAAAGAGUAGGUGGUGACUUUAAUCUUCGUCUUCUGCUCAUAAGAAAGCGGGAUCAGUUGGACACCGACGAAGUCUUAACUGAUGAUGGAAAAGGACAGGGUCCUCUGCAUUGUGGAUUGUGUCUGGCGCGGAGUGAUAAGAACAAUUGGCAGCGCCAUAUAGGAGAGCAUUAUGGAGUUGGUUGGCUGGUGGGAGAAACACCCAAGAAUAUCACGCGUUCUGGCAUAAUGACAAUGAUGAAGAACUAUCUGCAGAAAAACGGAGGAAAACUAACUUGUCGUCUUUGUAAUCAGCAAUUGGGCUCGUACUUGGGAAUGAUGCUCCAUUUGGAGGGAUGUGGCAACAAGCAGCGUUUCCAGUGCGAAUUUUGCCAGCGCUCCUAUACCAAACUCUCACUUCCGGUCCAUAUACGGACUUGUCCAAAGCGCAUAGCGCCCCAGGUCACUGAAGAUCCGGAAGAUGCGGAUGGAGAUGUUAAAGAAACCGUUUUUAGUAAUGCUGGUCGGGCCAAGAGGAAGUCUACUAUUAAAGCUGAAACCAAAUUAAAGAAAAUUGGAGAAGCCCUGACAACACAAAAGUCAGGAGAGGGAGCUUCCGCAAAGAACGACUUCGAUGGCGAUUCAUCCGACUAUGAUUUGACCAAGGACAAGGAGUCUUCUGAGGAAUAUGAUUCGGAAGGAGUAGAUUCCAAUGAGGACUCCAUAAGCAGCGAAGGUGAGGGCAGCCUUAGUGAUAAUUUCUCCACAUCCAAGCCCUCGAAGGGAAACCGACGAGGAGACAUUGACAGGAAACGAAUUUGUAACCGACCAGUAAAUGUGGGAGAGUGUCAGCAGAAGCCCUUACUUUCACGUUAUCACCACUUGGAGGCUAGGGCCACCCAUAAAUGGAAUGAAUUCAUGCAACGCAAUUAUGAAGCUGGUGUUUUAUUCCCCCAACUGGUGCCCCGCUAUUCGAAGAUCCCUGAAAAGAACGCUGAUGGCUUGCUACCUCCCAAGAAUACACCAUCUAUGCGCUAUUCUUAUGGUAAAGUUAAAAACGAAGACGAUUGGAAACAAUUGGCACCGUUUGAGGGCUUUAACAAAGAAGGUGAAUAUGUAGGCUAUCUGGGCAGCUCAAUUAAGAAACUUGAAUGGGUUCCUCUACCACCGAAAGCUGCGAGUCAAUACCUGCUAUGUUCCGUGCGGUCAAAGAUGAAAACCUUUGCAAGACAUAAAAAAUUAAAGGAUGAAGAUGGUCUAUUGAUGUUACUGAAGUGUACUGCCAAGAAUGCGGGCAAAUCUUGGACCCUGCGACCAGAACUUCAUUACGGAGUUCAUGUACCCAAUGGACCGAUUCAUAGCUUUUCAUUUUUGCCCAGUGGUGGCUAUGACAAGUCAUCCAAUCGAUUAGCCGUAUUGGCUGUGGCAAAUUCGUUGAGUAGUGUUCACAUUUAUGCACUGCCAUUGGAGCUGGCGAAUGAUGAAAAUGCCGACGAAAAGGUGGUCAUUCAACUAGAUUCAUUGAUAACACUUACAUUGGAUAUUAACAAUCCUGUACAGAAUCAGUGCACUAAAAUUUGUUGGUCGCUGUCUUCGGGACACAGUUUUCUAGCUACAGGCUACAGCAGCGGUCACUUUGCCUUGUGGGACAUUGGCGAAAAGGACAAUUUGAAUUGCUUUACCAGAAAUAAUCAGACUCAUUUUGUGCCUGUUAAUUUCCUUUACAUAGGAGAGCGGAAUGUUCAAUAUAUGGAUCUUCAUUAUGACAACAAUGGUCCACGCUGGCUUGCAGUUGGCACUUCCAUACGUCAGUUUAAAAUCUAUGAUAUUGCGAACUGGUCGAACCCAUAUAUACUAAACCAAGACACCAUUUCCAGUCUUUAUAUGGCUAAUUUAACCUGGUCACCUAUUUGUGAGGCCCUAGUGGUCAGUAGUUCACACUUUUUUCGUACCAUAGCAGUUAGUCCCUCGGGUAUACAAUUCGAACACAGGACCCUUGAUGGAACCCUAACAACGACACGGGAAAUGCACACGAAUUGCCAGCAAAAUCACAUGGUGUUCGUAACCGACAACGGCGACUUGGUCUUCCUGGAUGUACGAAAUCUUAACUGUGGCCCUGCGCUGCUGAAGUCAACGGUCAACUCACGUGCGGUAUCCACCACCGAGUUGCACCAUUUAGGCUCAUCUGCUCCCAACGCAACGGAUCCCAUCGGUCCCGAUGAGUUCCUACGGGACUAUGGGUUACAAAUCAAUCCGCUGGUCCCUGAGCCGCACAAACGCAAGUCCACAUAUCUGAGCGCCAAACGUAGACCGCAAAACAUACACUCCCUGGCAUUGACCAGAUUCAAUUGCGUUCGUUGCAAUUGGAAUUCACCCACCCACACUUGGGUGGCCAUGGGUGCAGAACAUGGCAUGUUGCGAAUCCUCAACUUCGAUCGAGAUAAAUUCUUCUAAAGGAUUUUUUGGAAACACAUUGGUAACUGAAAAUCUUCUGAACAAGCACCAUCUGAGAUUAUAACUUAUUGUUUUACCAAAUAAGCUAAUUAGUUUUAACACUCGUCUAGGGACAAUUAAAAUAUUCAGAAAUUGUUUAACUGUAAUUUAUUUAUAGCUGUUGUAAAAAUAUAUAUAUUAUAUAUUUUAUAUGGAGUUACUGUAGUUUAUAGCAAAUAUAUUUACCUGCUUUGCAAGCAAAGAUUGCAACUUAGAAUAUUGACAUUUUUUAUUAAGGAGCAACGCUUGUCAUCUUUGAAAAAUUAUCCCAAUAAAUAACACAUAUUAAAUA